AUGCGCUUCAACUUGGCGGUCUAUUAUAUUGUCUUGGUGUUUCUCUUCGUGACUGCCUUUGUCCAGGCUGCACCUGUCAAGUCUACCGAUGGCACUGAGGCUUAUAGUCCAGAGGUUCAAGUUCGUGAACUACGGUUGGAUGGAAUCAUCAAUUGGAACAUCCGAAUCCGAUUUACAUCAUUGGCAUAUGCAGGUGCUGACAUACCGGAUUCCUCUCAUCUCCCUGAGAGAUUUCAUUCGGUAGAAGAGCGUAUACUCAAAGCGAUUUGGAACUACCUGCUUCUCCUACCAACAGCUAAUGGCAUCGAUAUCAAGUUUGUCAAUGAACCUACCGACCGUUCUUUGCAAGACAAAUUUGUCUCAUGCUUUGUCGAUCUCAGGGAGGUGGAGCAGCCCCAUUCACGGAUGCUCCAUCUCGAUGUGGAUAAAGCGGGGAUUCCGCGAGUAAUGCAGGAUUCCGGCGGACAUUUUCCCUUUGCAAGUGUGGUUGUCAAAGGCAAAGCGCAGGUGGAUCGUGAAUGGCCAUCACCGGCGUAG